CUGCACCACACCACACCAACUAGCUACGAGCGACGCCCCACGACGCGACGCGACUCUACACGACGACGACGCUACUCGCCUUCGCGCCGCACACCAACACUACCGCCCGCCCGCUUCUCGCGCAAUAACAAUGCUUCCAACAGCUGACAGUGUCUCAUCCAGUCUCGAGUAACAUCUAGAAGAGCUCCUACCACCCAACUCGUCGUCGUCGCCGCGGCGGCGACUCUGGCGCACACACACAACCUUCCUCGGCACCAUGGCGUCCACCCCCGUGACGCCGACGCUCGGCGACGGAGUCAUAGACUUCCCGACCGCCUUCCUCGAGGCAUACCCCUUCCCCGCUGCCGUGCUCGAGGUUGCGAGACCCGUCAGGCCGCCGCUGCGCGCCUCGGAGCGCUUCACAUCAACUCACAGCCUGGCGAGCUUCGACGCCGCAAUCGCACCCGGGCCUAGCAGCCGGCCCAUUAUCGAGCAAGUGUCGCCCAAGACGACCUCGCCGUUCACUUUUCCUUCGAUUACCACGACAACCACAGCGACAAACCUCUCACUGGAAUCAGGCACCGGCAACGGUCCCCCCGCCCUGGUCAGCGUAAACGACAAGUGGGCCGCGGCCGUCGCAACCGACCGCAGCGACCUCGGUGCCAAGCUCAACAUGCUUCAGGCGUGGGUUGUUACGGCGAGCGACAGCGACACCUUCCCACUCUCUCUCGGCGCUCAUCACUUGCUCUUAACACGCACCCGGCUCGGCCCAACAUCAUUCGUCCUCCUCGCGACCCCGGACACGGGGGUGCCGCUGCCCUCCCCACCGAUGCACAAGUUUGCUGCUGCCGUCCACCGCGCGGCGCCCGACGUCGACCACCUAGCGACCGCGACACAUGCCGUCUCGCUCGACUCGCCACCCGUCCAUUCGCGCGCGGCAAAGCCAACCGCGGGGAAGCUUCAACCCGCGCAAUGGGAUGGCUCGGUCCGACGCCACUCGGAAUCCCCGGCCCGCAUGCAGUUUAGCAGACUAGCGCCGCGCGCGGCCUCUAUCCAGUCCGACUCGGCCUUCGAGCGCCGUCGCAAGCCUCAAUCGGAGCAAGGCGAUACUACGCCAGCGGCCCCGAAGCUGGAGAAGUCGGCGUCGACCCCGUCCUCCCUGCCAGUCCAGCAGCCAUUACCAACGUCCCCGCCUGCCCCACCGCCAGGGCCGCCGGCGCUGAGCUGCUGGCAGUUGGUGAUGCAGAAGGACUGGUCAGAGACUAGCCUGGGCCCAAUGUCGUCGUGGCCUGGCGCGCUCAUGGCUGUCGUGCGGUUGACGAUGGAGUCGAUGAGCCCGGCGCUAAUGCUCAUCAAGGAUCCCCAAGAUCCGACCGACAACUAUUUUAUCUACAACGACGCAUUCCGCCCCAUGGCCAAUGCCCAUCCGACGUGGCUUGCAUGCCACACAUCCGACCUUCCCCCAGAGACAUGGGGCCCGCUGGCCCCGCUCUGCGCGCGCUCGUACCAGGGCGAGGUGAUCCGCCGCGAGAACAACAUGCUCUACCAGCCCUACGAGGACAAGAUCCACUUCCGCGAGGUCUUCAACACUUGGUCGUACCACCCCGUAUGGGAACGCGACGAGGUCAUUGCAGUGUAUGGCCAGAUCCAAGAGACUACCAAGACGGUCGUUGCGGAGCGCCAACUGCGCACCAGUCAGCUCCUCGUCAGCUUGCUGAGCGGCGUGCGCACCACGGCAGACUUCUACAACGCAGUUGCCAACUGCUUUGACAUUAAUCACAGGGACGCACCCUUCGCCAUCUGCUAUACUGUCAAGCCGGUUACCUUUGAGGAUGAGCAGUUUGGCGACAACCGCAGGGUCAGGUUGUCGCUUCCUGUCGUGCCGGUCGAGCUGUCGCUCGAGGCGACAGUCGGCGUCCCUGCUGCUCACCCUGCCGCCCCGCCCAAGCGCAAGCUCUCGGUCCAAGCGCGCCUCGGAUCGUUCAGUGCCGACUCGCCUGACCCGACCAUGGCGACGGCGACACUCGACACCGACGGCUGGUGGCCCAUCGCCCAGGCUCUGUCGACACGGCAGACUGUCAUUGCCACGGACAUUGCCUCCUUCAUCGAGGGCUUCCCGACCCGCGAGUGGCCCGAGCUGCCCCAAAAGGCCGUCGUCAUGCCACUGCUUAACGAUGCGUCGGAUGCCAUGCCCUCUGGCGUCAUUAUCCUCGGUCUCAACGCGCGCAGGAGGAUUGACGACGAGUAUAUCAAGUGCAUCCAGUCGUUUCGACACACCCUUAGCGCAACCCUCGUCUCUAUCCAGUCGGCCGAAGAGGAACAAGCCCAUCAGCGCGAGAGAGCCAAGCUUGAGAAGGCCAAGACGCUACUCAUCCAAAGCGCUGCCCACGAGUUCCGCCUCCCCCUCACUCUCAUUGCCGCGCCGCUGGAGGAACUUCUCCGCUCCGAUCUCAGACCCGAGCAACGUCGCAAUGCCAGCUUGGCAUACCGACACCAGCGCAUUCUCCACCGACUCGUCGACUCGCUGGUCGACUAUUCGCGAAUCGAAUCCGGGCUCCUCUCAGCACGUUUCGUUCGUGGUGACCUCGGCAAGUUUGUGAAUGAAAUCGUGGCUGUGUUCAGGCCGACGGUGGAUCGCGCCACCCUCGAGUUCACCGUGGAGGUGGAAGAAUCCGAUGAGCCGGUCUGCUUCGACCCCGCCCUUCUGGAGACUGUUCUGGCGACGCUCUUGUCCAAGUCCCUUCAGUACACGCAGCGAGGAUCCCUGACAUUGCGCCUCGGGUACGAGUUUGGUGCUGAGGGCCGGUGGGCGAGUAUCUCAGUCAUCGAUACCGGCUCGGGCGUGCCACCAUCUCUCAUCAACCACGCUUCGUCCGUUCGCAGCAACAGAGGCGACACCAAUGUCGAGGGAAUCACUCCCGGUAUCAUGUUUGGUCUCACGCAGGAGAUUAUGCGUUUGCACGACGGCGACUUGCUCAUCGAGGACCGCAGCAGCGUCGACGGCACAGAGGGCAGCAUCUUCACAGCGAGGUUCCCAACAUACCAGGAGAUGGUGGCGGCAGAAGACACCCAUAUCACCCUUGCAGGGCACAGCCAACGGGCUGCCAAGGACGCCCUGCAAUGGUCCCCCGCAAGCUCUGACAACGGUGACGAUCUAGUGGCGACCAAGCCGUGCGGGUCGACACCACCAACGCCAUUGCUCUCCAGCGGCUGGACCGAUGCCCUGCUCUUCAAUCGAUCGGAUGUGCUACUCGUGGUCGACAGCAACCGCGAGGUUCGUUCGGUUAUCAAAAACCUCUUCGACCCCUUCAUGACUGUCGUCGAGGCGUCUGAUGGAGAAGAGGCCCUGGAAAUGAUCCGCCAGUCCCCUCCCAACCUGGUCCUCUCCGAUCUCCUCACACCCAAGCUGUCGGGAUACAAUCUGCUCCUCAGAAUGCGCAUGGAGGGAAAGAUGAAGCUCCUGCCCGUUAUCCUCAUGUCGACAAUCAACGACGAAGAGUCGCAUACGAAUGCGUUAGUCGCCGGUGCCGAUGAUUUCAUUCUCAAGCCAUUCAACGCUCGCGAGCUUCUUGCCCGCGUCCACCUUCACAUGCAGAUGGGCAAGGGACGCAUGAAUCUCGAAGCUCGGUUUGUUCAGCGCGAGAAGGAGGCCGACAUCUUGGGGGCAUACUGCCCAAGCGGUAUCUUGCGGCUCGCUGGCAACGGCGAGACACUCUUUUGCAACCCGGCCUGGGUUGCUGGCUCAGGGCAGCCCUUGAGGGAAAUGUACGAGAACCCGCUCUCGUGGCUGGCGUACGUCGACGAUAACGACUACUACCGCAUGCUCGAGCUGUGGCAGGAGGUUGAGCGUGGCGCGCUCACGACCGUGAAACGGCAGUGGCGUUGGAAGAAUGGCCGGUCGGUUUCAGGCGAGUUUACACGUCUCGAUCUACUGGACCCCAGCCUGCAGGGUGUGCUGGCCUGCACGACAGACAUCACCGACCAGGAACAGAGGGUGCUCGAAGCCGAGCGCCGCCGUCUGGAUGCAGAAGAGUCUCGUCGUCAGCAGGAGCUGCUCGUCGACCUGACCAGCCACGAAAUCCGAACGCCCGUUUCGGCCAUUCUGCAGUGCUCGUCUCUUGUCAAGGACAACCUCGAGGCACUGGUAGGCCAGCUCCAAACCGCAAACACCACAGGCACUGGUUUCCACCCUUCAGGAGCGUUACUGCACGAGCUUACGCAGGACCUUGUGGCGUUAGAGAGCAUCUACCAAUGUGGACUGGUCCAAGAACGGAUCGCAGGCGAUGUCCUCUCCCUUGCCCGCAUCCAACUCGACAUGCUAUCGGUACACGAGAUUGAAGUAGACCUGCGCCAUGAAGCGGGCAAGCUUCUGUCAGUGUUCGCUUCGGAGGCGCGAAUGAAGGACAUCGAGCUCGAACUACAGUUUGGCGACAUGUUCGACAGAAUGGGCGUGCACGCCAUCAAGACGGACCCUGUCCGCCUGGGCCAGAUUGUCACCAACCUCAUCUCCAACGCGAUGCGGUUCACGGCCGCGGCCGACCACCGCAAGAUCACGGUGCGGUACGACCUGGCCUGGGGCGCGCCGGAUGACGGGUCGUGCCAGGCGCCGAGAGCACCGGGGGCGACCGCGACCCCCGUGCACUCGCCAGCGAUUGAAGACACGACUGUCUUCCUUUACAUCGGCGUCACGGACACUGGACCGGGCAUGACACCCAAGGAAAAGAACGUCUUGUUCCAGCGCUUCCAGCAGGGCAACAAGAUGAUUCACACGCGGUACGGCGGCUCAGGCCUGGGCUUGUUCAUCUGCAAGAAGCUGUCCGAGCUACUGGGCGGCCAGAUCGAGGUGCAAACCGAGGUGGGGCAAGGCAGCACCUUCCGAUUCUACAUCCGCACUCGCACAGCCCCGCCCAGCUGGCGCAUGGAGGGGAACAUUCUGUCGAGAGCAAUCACCCCAGCCGCGCCGAUUAACACGCCGACCGAGGCCGUCUUCCCGUCCAAAUUAACCGACGUACCACGCUCCAUCCCGAACGCCGACGCGUUGCGUGUCCUCGUGGUUGAGGACAAUCACAUCAACCAGACGGUCCUAAGGCGCCAGAUUGAAAAGGCCGGCCUGGCGUGCAACGUCGCCUCGAACGGCGAGGAGGCGCUCGCGCGCCUCUUCGACCCAGGAGCCGCUUACGACGUGGUGCUCAUGGACCUCGAGAUGCCAAUCAUGGACGGCCUGACGGCGAUGAAGGCAAUCCGUGCAGCUGAGCGCAAUGGAGAGCUCGCCCCACAACUUGUCUUCGCGUUAACCGGCAACGCGCGUCCCGCGCAGAUCGAGACUGCCCUUGCUGCCGGCUUCGACAAGGUGCUCAUCAAGCCGUACAAGCUCCCGUCGCUCCUCGCGACCAUCCACGACGAGGUCAGCGCGCGCCGCGACGCUGCGCCAUACCCUUCCCCCUCGGGCACGCCGCCGUCCAUCGAGUGACGACGCGGCCCUCUACAUCUUUAGCAUAGCUUGCCACACGCAGACAUUUUGGGUUGUGGAUUGAUUUAUUCAUACAAUUGUAGUCUAGCAUAUGUACACAUUGCACGCGUG